AUGGAAGAACAAAAGCAAAAGGUUGAUAAAGGAAGGGAGGAAAAGAAGCCUGAUUUCCAGAGAAUACAAGAUUACUUCAAACCAAGGCCUCACUAUUCAGUCAAGAGGAUACUUGAAGAUCAAGAUAAAGUAAUGGAUAUUGAGAAUUUCAUGAUGAACAUGCAAGUUAGAUAUUUCAGAAAUGAUUUCUUCAAGAAGAUAAAGAUAUUCAGCUUCUUGUUCUCUAUCCUUGUGACAAUAAUAGGUAUCUGCAUACAUUUCUAUAUGGAAGACAAUAAAACAGCAGGAAUGGGUAGAAAUCGGUGAUUUAUCUCAGCAUUUCUGACAAUAGCAACUGUUUUUAUCUUGCACUACUUCCCAGAAAGACAUGGGAUCAUCGCUCCAGUUAUGAGCGUGUGGCUUUUUAUAUGCAUGUCAGAUUUCUAUGAGAGCUCAGAUAGAUUUGUCAUGCAUGAAUAUGCACUCCCAACUAUUUCAUAUGCCUACUUAAUCAUGGUGUUGGUUCCAAGCUCAUGGAAGUCUCAUUUGAUCAGUUGAAUGCUAGGGUUUCUCUAUUACCUAACAAAAAUCGUUAAGAAGAGAGGUGAAAUUCCGACUGCCUUCUGGAUUUCAAUGAUUCCAACUUUCUUCUAUUUCAUUUCAAUUGCAUUCCUAAUAAACAUGAGAUUGAAGGAGUUGUACAGUUACAUUAGGAAGAUAGAGGUGAUGAGAAAUGAAACUAAGAGCAUCCUGGAGAGCUUUCCCAAUGCGUUUUCCAUUAAUCCUUGCCACUCAGAAGAUAAAGGAGCAAAUCCUACAUUCACUAAUCAGGAGUUUGACCAGAAAAUUCUCGAUGUCAAAAACAAGGUUAAUGACAUAAAGAAUGUUGAGAUCCAAUUCAGUCAAAGAAAUAAGGAAACUGAGGAGAGAGUCAAGUGUGACCUAAAAACAUACCUUGACCAAGUACAUAAGAGGCUAACUAAUCUGGAUAUUUUUGAGCAGAGCAAUAUCAGGAUCUGUAGAUCUAGCUCUGAGAAGAAUAUUCACCACUAUGAAGAUCAGGUGUACACUAUCAAGAGUUUUGAAGUCAAAUGGAAUGAGCAAAGAUGCUUCAUGGAUGUAUUCAUCAGUAAUACUGAUAUUUUCAGGUUCGAACAAGCCCAAAAGGAAAUAAAAAAGCAUAAAUUGAUGCUUGGGAGAGCUAGUGACGAGCUUCAGACUUCAUUGGAAUCAAUUUUACACUCUUUCACAUCUGUUAAAGAGAACACCAAAAGUCUUUGAGAUAUUACCUCGGCUCAUGAUUGUAAAGAAAGGAGCUUCAAAGAUAAUAUCAAACUCUCCACCAGACAAAUAUUUCAAGAUCUAAAUUCAUGAGAUCAAAGUUCUCAGAUCCUAUUAUCACUUUCAGAAAGCAUGCGAGAUUUCUCUAAGAUUGAUAUUGAAAGUAUCGACACUAGCAUAAGAGAUUUCAAUUUAAGGAAUUUCAUGGAAGAAAUUCAUCAACAAUGCUUAUAUCAAACACGAUUAAGAGGAGUCAAGCUGACCACUCAGAUUGAAAAACACCUCACCAACGUAUAUGUUGCCAGUGAUAGGGCUAAAAUAAAACUAAUCCUUAUAAAUCUAGUCAUGAACAGGCUGAAGUACUUGCCAGAGCAAAAUAUCUUGAUUCAAGUGAAACCCAAGAAAUCAAGACAUUCUUAUUUCCUUCAGUUCACUAUCAUGGAAACUUAUGAAAGGGAAUGCGGAAAAUUGAAGAAAAAUAAUGAAGAAAAUAGCAAAGACCCUGGUGAACAAGAAGCUGGAGAAAUAAGAAUGAUCAUCUGCCAAAAGUACAUAGAAAAACUUGGAGGAAAAUUUAUCCUUCCUCGUGGAAUUCAUUCAUCAGCUCGGAUAGAUAAAUCGCUAGACCAGUGCCUGAAUGAAUCCCAAAUAUCGGAUGAAAGUGGAUAUGCUUCAGCUCAGUCAUUAAGGAUUCACGGAAAGAUGAAGUUCAUUAUCCAAGCUAACAAAGAUUUAAAAAUAAUCAAGCCAAAGAGGUUACAAAAAGGAGUGCUAGACAAUCGAGUAUUAUCAAAAACCCUGUGAGAAUAUUGAGGCAUCCUAAACUUUAAUGAUUGUACCUGCCAAGAUUAUGUAGACAUUGUUCAUCAUCCAGAGGAGCAAGAGUAUUGGCCAGAGAAGAAAGAGAAUCAAGCGGUAGAAUUCGAUGAGUUAUUUGUCAGUCAAGAGUACUUUAACGAGAGCCCAAAUCAAGAUCUGACUCAAAACCUUGCUCUGACCCAACCUCAGGCUCCAAAACUUCUUCCUGUAUAUCGCUAAUUAUU